GUGGCGCUCUUCCUGCUUUGCUAUGGCUAUCUGGAGUCCCAGCACCGAAACUUUGUGUUCGGAGGCUUUGAGCGUGAAACCCUUCUUUUUCUGGUUCUCAUGUUCCAAGAGCUUUUCCUAUCUUUGUUCAUCAUUUUUUGGGAAGUGCUCACGGCCCGAACAGCGCCCUCUGGCUACACUGGUGUGACAAAGCGGGAGUUUUCAGCAGCACUGAGCUAUGAUUUUUUGGCUUUGCACGCGCCGAUGUACUCCAACUUGAGACUCUCGAUGGCAUUUGUGCGCCGCAGAGGGCAGAGAGCAGGAAAGAACGAGUGA